GCCGGGCCGGGCCGGGCCGGGCCGGUUCGGGAGCGGACCAUGGUGGGCGACGGCAGCAGCCUCCCGGGCGCCCGGGCCGUGCUCGGCUGCAAGACCGUCCUGCGGGCGGUGGGCAGAGUCCUCAGGAAGUCCAAGGCCAAGCCGAACGGGAAGAAGCCGGCCGCCGAGGAGAGGAAACUCUACCUGGAGCCGGAGUACACCAAGUCCCGGAUCACCGACUUCGAAUUCAAGGAGCUGGUGGUCUUACCGCGGGAGAUCGACCUCAACGAGUGGCUGGCCAGCAACACCACGACCUUCUUCCACCACGUGAACCUCCAGUACAGCACCAUCUCCGAGUUUUGCACGGGCGAGACCUGCCAGACCAUGGCCGUGUGCAACACGCAACACUACUGGUACGACGAGCGGGGUAAGAAGGUGAAGUGCACGGCCCCUCAGUACGUCGACUUCGUCAUGAGCUCCGUGCAGAAGCUGGUCACCGACGAGGACAUCUUCCCCACCAAAUACGGCAAGGAAUUCCCCCUGUCCUUCGAGUCUCUGGUGAAGAAGAUCUGCAAAUACCUGUUCCACGUCCUGGCCCACAUCUACUCGUCCCACUUCAAGGAGACCCUGGCCCUGGAGCUACACGGACACUUGAACACGCUCUACAUCCACUUCAUCCUCUUCGUCCGCGAAUUCAACCUGGUGGACUGCAAGGAGACCACCGUCAUGGGCGACCUCACCGAAGUGCUCUGCGGGAGCGGGGCCGGGGCGGGGGCACAGAACCACGUCAAGGAGAGAUGAGCCCCCCACCCCCACCCCCACCCCACCCCACCCCCGGCUCCCAGAGCAAAACUAACAUGAAUACUUACAAAGAAACAAUAUUAUAUAUUAUAUAUGUGUGUAUAUGUGCAUAUAUAUAUAUACAUAUAUAUAUAUAUAUACAUAUAUAUAUAUAUAUGUAUACUGGCCUUCGGCAGCGAUGACAGUUCUACGAAGCUAUGCUACCGCAUCCAGAGUCCCCCGAGGACGGUCCGCCCUCGGGCUUCCGGGGCGGGGGGUGGCAGGCAUGAGGGUCUUGCCCCCCUCCCUGUCCCGGGACCCCCUCCCCGCAUCCCAUCCCCUCCCCGGGACCCUUGGUGUGUUGGGGUGGUUUUUUUUUCCCCAGGACGGAAGAGUGCUGUUUUUAGAAACGAAGACGGAGAGGGAGCUGUGAUCGGAUUUUGUCGGGGGGUGGGAUGUGAUUUUCCGCCUAGGGUCUCUCCCGCGCAAGUCUAUCUCUCGUCUCUCUGACCGUCUCUCCCCCCCCCCCCCCCCACUCCCCAACCUUCCCUCUCCAAGAGGGCGGCGCUGCCCUUUUUAAGAAAAUAUAUAUUGUUCCGAGUGGCGCCUUUCCCUCUGUAAAUGGCUUUUCCCCCCCAGACUCUUGCGCUGACGUUUUUAAGGUGGGUUUGGAGGUAAGGACCCUCCCCGCGGUCCGGGGCGCUGGGCCCCAACCCCACGCUGGGGUGGAGGGGGACCAGCCCGGCCACCGAGGCGUCAGUGCGCACGGAGGGCGGGGGUCGUCUCCACCUGCCCCGGGGCGGGCCGGCCGGACACCCCCUCCUCCCUCGUACGGACACGGGGGCGCUUCCCCGCCGGACCCCCCGGCCUCGACCCACCCGGGCUCCGAGACGGACAACCGGAAACUGGUGGAUUUCGGGGGGGCGGGGAGGGGUGGGAGCAGCCGCCCCCUCUGUCCCAUUUCCCCAGAGGAGCGGGAGUUGGUGGGUGGGGGGUCCCGGGGAGCCCCCGCUCGAGAGAUGGCCGCGACAUAUAAUUAUACCUUUGGCUUAUUUUAGUUUCGCUGUUCAGAAAUAAUAAAAAAAAAAUUCUACCAA